GCGAAACGUAUGUUUGCCGAGCAAGAAUAGAGCGGUGGUGAGGAAAGUGGCACUGUCAAAUCAUAGGCUGACUGCAUGGUAAAAAAAAAAGACGUACCUAAUUCCAGAUUGCGUUUUACAGCGGAAUGUUCACUCGAAGGGGCCAUGGAGACGUCAAGAAAUCUACACAGAAAGUUCUGGACCCAAAGAAGGAUGUAUUGACCCGACUGAAGCACCUCCGGUCACUGUUAGAUAUCUUUGAGAAGAGUGAAUUGAAGACCUUCUUCGAAAGCAACUGUUCUCAGAUUUAUUUUAUCUUCUAUGAAAAUUUCAUUACACUGGAAAGUAACAUAAAGCAAAAAGGGAACAAAUCUCAGAGGGAGGAGCUGGACUCUAUCCUCUUUAUUUUUGAAAAAAUUCUGCAACUUCUACCAGAAAAAAUCUACAGCCGAUGGCAGUUCCACAGUAUAGGUUCUAUUCUGAAAAAGCUUUUGCACACUGGAAACUCAUUCAAGAUCAGAUGUGAGGGAAUUCGUCUGUUCCUGCUGUGGCUGCAGGCUCUGCAGAAUAACUGUGCAGAGGAACAGUUCCUCAUCUUUGCCUGCCUGGUGCCAGGCUUCCCUGCCGUGCCCUCCACCAGAGGACCCUGCACCCUGGAUACCAUCAUCUACAACCCUUUCUCCAACCCUUCCGAUGCCAAGGUGGUGCCUGAGGAGAUCACCCCACUGGUGCCAGCUGUGCCAGGGGAGAAGCUGGCAGAUGACCAGACCUGCUACAUCCUCCAAACCCUGCUCAAGUUCAUGGUUGUCCAGGCGUCUAGUUUAGAGUGGAGGAACAAAGACAACCAGGACACCGGCUUCAGGUUCCUCUUCAGUCUGUUCAAGAAGUACUACCUUCCUCACCUCUUCCCCUCCUUCACCAAGCUCACCAACCUCUACAAGCCACUUUUAGACCUCCCCCACCACAGACCAAAGCCUCUGUAUGUCCCAGUGACCCGUAACAACGAGAGCACGUUCUGUACGAGGGACCAGUACCUAGCUCCCCGUGUGGCCUUUAUCACCUGGCUGGUCACCUUCUUCCUGGACAAGAAGUACAUCAGCACCCCCAGCGCCAAGAACGGGACGAACGAGGUCAUCCCCAAACUCAUCCAGACUGUCACUGCAGGCAGUAGCAGUCAGGAGAAGGAGAGGGAUAAAGACCGUGGUGGUAGUGAGGAGCCCCACGGCCCUACAGAGCCAGAGAAGAGCCACUCUAACAGUAGCACGCUGUCUGACCGGCGCCCCAGCGACUCCAGCCUGUGCAGCAUCGACGAGGAGCACCGCAGCGUCUACGACAUGGUGCACGGCAUCCUGCUCUCCACACGGGACAACAUCAACUUCGUCAACGAGGUCUUUCACCAGGCCUUCCUGUUGCCCUCCUGUGAGACGUCAGCGACCCGGAAGGUGAUCAAGGUGUACAGGAAGUGGAUCCUGCAGGAGAAGCCAGGCUUCAUGACGGAGCCAGAGAAGAGCAGACAGGCUGAGGUGGAGGAGAACCCUGAGCAGCUGCUCAUCACUGAGACUGACAACACACACACACCGGUGUUGAAAAGUCACGGUCACAAGCGUUCAUCCAGUUGGGGAAGAACAUACUCUUUCAGCAGUGCCAUCAGCCGGGGCUGUCUCACUGAGGAACAGAACAGAGACAUCAAGGCUGGCAUCCAACCCACCCUGCAGGUGUUCCUGACCAACUCUGCCAACGUGUUUCUACUGGAGCCGUGCCAGGACGUGCCCAAACUACUGGACAACCAGGUGGAGGUGUGCAAGGGGGUGCUGAGCAUCUACCGCCACAUGAUCAUGGAGCACGCCAUGAACACACAGACAUGGCAGCAGAUGCUACAGGUGCUGCUGAGGAUCACUGAGGCGGUGAUGAAGAGGCCUCAGGAGAACCAAAGAAAAGACCUCUUCGCUGAGAGCCUGGCUGCCAUCCUCUUCAGGACAAUCAUCGUGGCGUGGGUACGGGCCAACCUGUGUGUCUUCAUCUCUCGGGAGCUGUGGGACGAGCUGCUGUCUGUGCUGUCGUCUCUGACAGGCUGGGAGGAGCUGGUGACAGAGUGGGCCAGCAUCAUGGAUUCUCUGACCGCUGUCCUGGCCCGCUCCGUCUACGGCCUGGACAUGAGCAACCUGCCCCUGGACAAACUCAGUGAACAGAAGGAGAAGAAACAGAGGGGACGGGGAGUGGUCCAGGACUCCCAGAAGGCAGCAGCGGUGGCCAGGUCCUUCUCUCUGAGCUGGAGGAACCAGGGAGACCAGCAGGGGGUCCAGGAGCCCAUGAGGUUCCGCAGCGCUACCACCUCAGGGGCCCCUGGCGUGGAGAAGGCCCGCAACAAUGUCCGACAGAAAGCCACAGCUAAGCGAAGCCAGUCUAUCAGCAGCUGUGUCCACCUUUAUGAGGCUCUGCCUGCUACUAAAAGUGUUCCUAUGCUGCUUCACACUGUGAGCUCUUUCCUGCCUGGUCUUUCCUCCUCUUCUGGUAACUCUUGCUCUCACAGGCUUUCAGACGUGGAGGAGGGCCAGCUGUCUGAGUGUGGGGGAGACGGAGACCUGGAGUCUGGUGACAGCCCUCUACCACGCAGCAGCAGCACCUCCGACAUCACACAGCAACUGUCUGACACCUUCCCAGGCCAGAAGAGAGCGUACUCCCCCAACAACUCCUGUGUCUCCGAUGGCAAGACGACAGAAGGGAGGAGAGACGGCGACCCACCCUUGAUUCUGAUCCGGCGGAGCAGCAGUCCAGCUGAGCUGGACUACCCUGUAGAGGGACACAGCACAUACACAAGGCUCCAGCUCCGGGAGAAAAGUGAGAGUGUGAGCAGCGAGACGUCCAACGGCUACCUGAACGACGCUGACAGCAGCCUGCUGGCCUGGCAGGCGUUUGAGGAGGAGGCAGACUUCCAUUCUGCCCAGAUAGGGGUCAAAGCAGACACAGAGAGCCAGAGGAACCUGCUGCUCAGCCACAAUGAGGCCCUUGCAGGUCCCGAGUGUGCCCUCUCUCCCCACUCCACACCACUGUCUCAGCACCAGCACCCCCCCGCCUCGCCAGCUUUGCUUGUGCACCCUGAGUGCCGGGACUGCCCCCAGCUCCUGGAGGACACCAUGCAUCAGUCUGUGUUACACAUGCCUCAGGACCUGGACAGCAGUGAGUGUCUGACUGAUGAUGUCAGCAUCAUUGCAGGCGGGAGCCUAACAGGCUGGCACGCUGACUCAGCCUUUGUGCUCUGGAGGAGGAUUCUGGGUAUCCUGGGGGAUGUCAACAGCAUCCGCUGCCCCAGGAUCCACGCCAAGGUGUUCAGUUACCUCUACGACCUGUGGCACAAAUUGGCUAAGAUCCGGGACAACCUGGGCAUCAGUGUGGAUAACCAGUCAUCUCCUCCCUGCCCUGUCUUCAUCCCUCCUCUCAGAAUGCUGGCCUCCUGGCUCUUCAAGGCCACCAUGCUGCCAUCAGAGUUCAAGAUGGGGAAGCUGCAGGCCUAUAAACUAAUCUGUGAGAUGAUGACUAAGAACCAGGACGUGCUGCCCAACAGUGACUUCCUGGUUCAUCUCUACCAAGUCAUGCACAAGGGCUUCACCAGCGAGGACCAGGACGUUCUAAACACAGUGAUCCGUUCCUGUUCCCCACGCUUCUUCUACCUGGGCCUGCCUGGCUUCACCAUGCUGGUGGGAGACUUCAUCACCGCUGCAGCACGCAUCCUCAGCCACGACACCGCCGAGGCUCCGAGGAUUGACGCACAGACUGUCCUUGGGUCGCUGGUCUGUUUUCCCAACAUCUACCUGCAGAUUCCUCUACUGCAGACUGUUCCUGGAACUGAUAACAUCGUCGUCGGGAACGAGGACAUUAAGGACUAUCUGGUCAACAUCUUACUGAAGACGGCACGGAAUGAACCCUGUGAGGCAGCCAGGUGUAUAGCUGUGUGUAGUCUGGGCCUGUGGGUAUGUGAGGAGCUGAUGCAGAAUAAUAUUCACCACCAGGUCAAGGAUGCCAUCAAUGUACUGGGCGUAACACUAAAGUUUGGGAACAAGGCUGUGGCUCAUGUAGCCUGUGACCUGUUCCAGCUCCUCAUCUCUCACUGGGAACACCUCCAGAGGCUAGAGCGCUCUCUCCCAAAGAAAAUCAUUGAGAUCUUUGUGGCUACUAUAGCAUUUCUGUUGCCGAGCGCAGAGCACUCUGCAGUGGAGGCUGACAAAAAGCUAAUGGUGUCUCUGCUGCUGUGCCUGCUGGACUGGUGUAUGGCCAUGCCCCUGAGUAUGCUGCUGGAGCCCAUCACCAUGCCCGUGCUGGAGGACUCCACAUCCCACAAGGCCCCUCUGCUCGACUACAUCUACAGGGUGCUUCACUGUUGUAUCUCUGGCUCCAACCUGCACACCCAGCAGAGUCACUACCUCCUGAGCCUGUCUGACCUCUCCACUGACUACGACCCCUUCCUCAUGCUGGGCCAGGUCAAAAAUUCUGAGCCCCCGCCCUCACACACUGCUGCAGACUUUGGCAACCUGCUCACCGUUGCCGAAGAGAAGAAAAGACGGAAUAUGGAGCUCAUCCCUCUGACGGCACGGAUGAUCAUGACACACCUUGUGAACCACCUGGGCCACCAUCCCCUCAGUGGUGGCCCCGCCCUCCUGCACAGCCUGGUCAGUGAGAACCACGACAACCCCUUUGUGGAGUCAUCAGAACUCUCCUCUGAGGUGUUCAAGAGCCCCAACCUGCAGCUGUUUGUGUUCAACGACAGCACCCUGGUGUCCUACCUCCAGGUGCCCUCGGAGCCCUCUGAUCCAGGGGAACCCCACGACAACUCCUCCCAGGUACGGGUCAUCGUCAGGGACAUCUCUGGAAAGUACUCCUGGGACGGAGGGGUCCUCUACCGCACCCAGGAGGGAGUCAACGGCAUGCAUCAGAGGACCUCAGACCCCUCCAACCACUCCACCACCAAGCCUACCUCAUCAGGCACCUCAGACCCCUACAACCACUCCACCUCCAAGCCCACCUCACCAGGCACCUCCGAGCGCUCCAACCCCCCUGGCUGGGACUCCCAGUCAGGCUGUGAUGAGGAGGAGGUAGAUGGCCUGGACCAGCUCCUAGAAGACCUGGGAUACAGCAGCCCUGAGUGCCUGCCCCAGCCCCGGCUGAGGCUCAACCAGCCAGCCCCCUCUCCCUGUGGGAUGAACCUGGAGCAGGAGGGGGCCAUCAUGGAGGCCAUCCUCAGGCAGAUGCAGCAGGAGGAGGAGCAGGUGAAGAGGUGGAACGCAGACGUGAGCGUCAAGGCCACCAGCCAGAGAGAACCCGUUCACCAGGAGCCCAAAGCUCUCUUCUACUUCUGCAGACUGCUACUCAACGACCUGGGCAUGAACUCAUGGGACCACAGGAAAAGCUUUCAUCUCCUGAAGAAGAACUCAAAACUUUUGAGAGAACUGAAGAAUUUGGAUUCCAGGCAGUGCAGGGAGACACACAAGAUCGCUGUGUUCUACAUCGGGGAGGGUCAGGAGGACAAAUACUCCAUCCUGUCCAACAGCGCAGGCAGUCAGACCUACGAGGAUUUUGUGUCUGGCCUGGGAUGGGAGGUGGAUCUAGCCACACACUGUGGCUUCAUGGGAGGGCUUCAGAGGAACGGCAGCACAGGACACACGGCUCCCUACUACGCUACCUCCACGAUGGAAGUCAUCUUGCAUGUGUCCACACGCAUGCCGUCCAACUCUGACGACUGCCUCACCAAAAAGCUGCGUCACCUGGGAAACGAUGAAGUUCACAUAGUGUGGUCGGAGCACAGCAGGGACUACCGGCGCGGCAUCAUCCCCACUGACUUUGGAGACGUGCUGAUCAUCGUGUACCCCAUGAAGAACCACACGUUCUUCAUCCAGAUCAUGAAGAAACCACAGGUCCCUUUCUUUGGGCCUUUGUUCAACGGGGCCAUCGUCACUGGAACGCUGCUGCCCAGCCUGGUGCGCUCCACCUGCAUCAACGCCAGCAGAGCAGUCAAGUCCCGCCUGACGCUCUACCAGAGCUUCUAUGAGGAGCGUGCGCUUUACCUGGAGGCCAUCGUGCAGAACCACCGGGAGGUCAUGACCUUUGAGGACUUUGCCUCGCAGGUCUUCUCCCCUUCAACCAGCUACUACCCAAUGAGUGGGACAGGCUCCCUCAGUGGCAGCACGAGUGCUGAGCUCAGUGUUUCCGUAGGAACGGACCAUGUGGACCAGGUCUCUCCCACGAUGCCCCGUGCCACAAAAAACAGAGUUUCCGGAAAACUCCGCCGAUCGGCCAGCGCCAUAAGCAAAUCCUCCAACUGAGCUCUCUCGCCCAACCCACCCCCAAAACCUCCCGUUUGGCCUUCACUACUGGUCAUGUUUUAAACCGUCAUACCGACCCCUAAUGACUACAGUUUGGGGGGGUGCUUUGUUUGUUUUUGUUUUGUGUGUGUCGUUUAAACAUUUAACUGGAGCAUAUUGCACAUUUUAAUUUGUGGCAAUUAUUGAUUCUUUGAUACACUUCCAGUUGUUUUGCUGUUGAACUGCAUAUUUGAGAUGAAGCUAUUGGCGUUUUUUCCAAUGUGGCUGCACUUUGUUUUGGAAGAAUCAAAGCUUCUUUUUAAUUUAUAACUGAUAAAUAGCACUACUCAGUACAGUGAUAAAACGAGGUAUGUAUAGCCAGGGACUGGAGUGAAAGAUCAUGUUAGGAGACUUGAAGUCCACCUAUCAUGAACAUUUCAAUAUUGUUUUUUCAUGCCAUAGCUGUUGAGCUGGUAGUUGACACUGCUGUAGAGGAAAACUCUAAGAGGCUGAAAUACUAGAGAAAUGGGAGACUGUCUUAGAUUGUAUUCUUGUGAAGAGAAGCAGCUGCGCAUAUAUAAUUAAUAUAUACUGUAAUAAAACAUUUCUCAUCGUCCAUAUGCAUUUUGAUAUGUCUGCCUUUUUGAUUUUCUCAUUGACCCCCCCCCCCCUUGUGAUCCUGCUGUGUGAAACACUGAUGAUAGUCUUGCAAUGCUGUUGACAGGAUAGGAUGAUUUUUAAGGGUGAUGUUGUUGUUUGGUUUGUUGUUUUGUCCUGGGUCUUGAGGUAUGGAAGCCUGUCUGUCUGUCUGGGUCAUACUCAUCCUCUUGUUGUGGAGAGGAGGAAGGACUGCGUCAUAGGAGAUGCUGCACCGUACCACACACUUCCUGUUUACGGAGUGCUGUGAGUGUGUGCAGUAGGAGUCUGUUUUUAAUAGUUAUGAACCUGGAGUGGACAAUCAAUGAUGUCUUUCCAACCUGAGGUGAAUCGAAGCUUGUUUGUGUUUUUCUAUCUCUCUAAUGUCCUUUUUAAAUGGAUUCUGAUGGAUUUUGUCAUGCUUUGAUUUAUGCAACUCUGCUGGAAAUGAGAAAAUACUGCAUUUGUAAUUGUUUAGUGAUGUUAUCCUAUGUAGGAUUGUUUAACCUGGGUUCGUAAUCUGUAAUCCAAUAAAUUCCAUCUGUCUCUUCCUCUGCUAUAAUUUUAUUGUUGUCUUGUAAAUAUGACAAAUAUGUAAUAUUUAAAUAUGACAUUCCAAUGUCCCUACAGAUGAUCUUUUGCACUCACUGUCAUUGAAAACUAGCAUUGAAUGUUUUUUUUCUCUUUAUUCUUGGAUGUAACUUGCUUUACAUUUUAUUUGAUGUGUUUGUUUCAGUGUGUGAGAGCAUGCAAAGUCAUAUUUGAAGACUUAUUUUGCUGUUGUGUUGUAUAAUGUAUACAUGUGCUGUUUAGAGGAAGAAGUAGCCGGAGCCUCAGGUGAAUCUUUUAACUCAAUGCACUGUGUGUGCGUGUGCGCGCGUGCGUGUGCGCGUGUGCGUGUGCGUGUGCGUGUGCGUGUGUGUGUGUUUUCUGAAGGAGCUUAUUGCAGUGCCUGUGUAAUAUGUCCACCAAUAUCCAUUCCUAGACCCUACCACUGUUAGACAUAAUUUGAUUUAUUUUGGGGUUUUUUAUUCCAAGAAGCAAAACGUGGACAGCUAGCUUUGCCUUCCUGUCUCACAUCUCUGUUAACUAGAGGGAGAGUCUUUUUCCCCCCUAUUUGACUGUAAAGGUCAGUGUCUUGUCCUAGUCCUCACAAGCGUUUUAUAUGAACAGAUUGACUGGGUUUGGCCCACUUUGUUUAUUUGAGGUGCUCUUUUCUCUCUGAAUUGGAACCAAAUGCCACCUCCUCUUUCCCAUGAUGCACCAUGAGUAACCUCAUGAGGCCGGUGGGGGUUGGGGAGUUAGAAGGCAUACCAGCGCUGAGCUCUGGCGACCCUCCUAGCAAUAGGCAGGUUGACUCUGUGCUACCCAAGCCCCCUCCUCCUCCCACCCAAACCUGCCGCUUUAGGUUGCCAUGGAAGCCAGGUGUUACAUACGCAUGAUGGAGGGCUCUACCCGAGCUGCAACACUGUCCGUCUGUUGCACUACUUUACCUUACCUGUACAUCUCCAUUUUCAUUCAUUUUGUUCUCUCGUUGUUUUGUGUCUUUCUUUCCCAAGCACUGAUUAAUAACAUAUGAGGCACGAAUGUCGAGUUUGUUCAGAGAGAUUGAAGUCUGUUUUGUGCAUUUGAAGAAUGUAUGCAAAUACUGACCUGAGUCAGAUCAAUGCUCUCACUUUCCCAAUAGCCACUGUAAAGAACUACCCAGAUCAUUUUACUGAUCUUCUUAUGGAGUUUAGAUUGUAGAUUUGAUGUUGUGGAUGGGAUCCCUGUUAUAUAUGGGAGAAUAUGGGCCUACGGUGUUGUUUGGACCAGGGUAAGGAUUGUGUCUUACUCAGACUGGUUCAACUCAUGUAAAGCAACAGAUUUGGUGUCAAUUCUAGAUUUUGGUUUAGGAAGCCUGUACAUUGUGUCAAAUUGAGGGCUCCAGUCCUUAUGAAUAUACAUAUAUUAAUGCCUGUAAUAUAAUCUUUGUAUAAGAGGAAGAGGACGAUUUCAUCAUUACUUGUUAACAUAUCAAACUGUUUUUAAUGGCAGAAGUCAUGCUAUCUUUAUUAGAAAUGUGAACAUUGAAAAUAUUUCAUUAAAUCAAUUUGAAAUUCUC